GAAAAAUUGAAUGAAAUAGCCCUCUCCCUACCCGGUGUCUUAUUCGGCCGCUAUACAACUUUGAAUGCGUUGUUUGUUGACAACAAAUUAUACCAACCCACACCAUUUUUUUGUUACAUCUAUCUCCUUAUUGUAAAAAAUAUAAGAAUACACUGUACAAAAUGAUUUAUUCACAGAAUUGUUAAAGCUACUGUAGCGUAAUAGCUACAGUUAAAGUUAACUAGCUAACUAACUAGUAGACCUGGUAUGUCGCGCGACAACAGCCACAAGUUGCCUCUGCCGCCUUUUUAACCGAUGUUGUUUCAAUAUACUUUACAUUCGUAACUCACCAAAGUAAAGUUGUUGCUAUAUUGCAGGCAAACCUUUCUCUGAAUGCCUCAAUGACUGUAUAUGAAGGUAUGCAUAGUAGACGACUAGCUCUGGUCCAUGCGCAUGCGUUGGAUGUACGCGCAGCUUGCAGUGCAUGUGCGUGGACCAGAGUUUGAUAACAAACUUGGUUAAUCAUUUGUAAGACUCUAGGCCGAGAACUAUGACCUCACUUUGCUCAUACCAACCAGUGGGAGAAACACAUUUCAGAUCCUUCCAGAAGUUGAAACUGCUCUGAGGAAGAGGUCCACAAGUGGUUGAAGGACUCCAGAGAACAUCAGACCUAUCCCAAUGCUGACAGGAUUAACAAGUAUAGAGUAAAUUCGUCCCUUAUGUAUCAAACCGUUUAUAGCAGGGUGAUUCCUGAUGAAACUAGAAAAAAACAGGACCAUGAUUUGGGGGAUUUUCACGAAAUUUUAUCCAUAGAAGGGUCCUUUGGAGGAAGGAUUGUUGACAUAUAUUUUGUAUCUUAAAGCAUAAUUGAUCAUUAAUUGAAAUUGGAACAUUUGUGACAUUUUGGCCUUACCCAGGCCUCAUAAGACACCAUAAUGUGUGGUGUCAUAUGAAGCGUUGCCGCUUGUUCUAAUGUGAGUAGUAUUUUGAUUUCAAUAGCAAUUCAUUUAUGAAUAUUGAAAAUUCUAAACACGAAAUAUUGGAAAUUUAAACUUUUAGAUUUGGCUAUUUUUUUUCAGUAUAGCGUUGAGCAUAAUGUAGGCUACUCUACGGGCAAAUCAAAGUUCCAGAGUGGGAUCUCUGCUAGUUUUAGAGAUCCAAUUUGUAAGCGUUACCAACAGUGAAUGUGAAAGUGGUUUCAAAUGUGUCGCCCUCUGCAGGUGAUUUGCAGGAUGUGCAAUGAUACAAGUAAAAGGAGGGCUGUGAUUGCCUAUGCCAAUUUCUCUGUAUAAAAUGGACCAUGACUUUAAAACUAGCAGAGAUCGAUAAUUUUUUAUAUUAAUGUAAGAAAUGUUUUCUUAAAAUCUAAAAACGACUCAUAAUACAGCGCAAGCGGUAAAGCUUAAUAUGACACCAAUCUGUCCUUUGUAUAACACACAGAUUAAACAUUAUGGAGUCUUAAAGAAAAAAAUGUAGUGUCACAUGCAGUGAAAUGUGUUUUACAAUCAGUCAUAGUGGGCUCCCAAGUGGCGCAGCGGUCUAAGGCACUGCUAGAGGCAUCACUACAGACCCUGGUUUGAUUCCAGGCUGUAUCACAAACGGCCGCGAUUGGAAGUCCCAUAAGGCACAAUUGGCCCAGCAUUGUUAAGGUUUGGCUGGGGUUAGACCGUCAUUGUAAAUAAGAUUUUGUUAUUUACUGACUUGCCUAGUUAAAGGAUUUUUUUUUUUCAGGGUACAGGGUCCUGGAGCAAAAUUGAGGCAAAUUAGGGUUAAGUGCCUUGCUCAAGGACACAUCGACAGAGUUUUCAACUUGACAGCUCAGGUGGACCUAAAAUGCCAGCAUAAUACAAGGUCCAGUUCGGCCAUAAGUACCAACAACACAUGUGGUGGUGCAAUAAUGUACUUCAUCCCGAAGAGGUCUAUUCAUACCCAACGAAGAGAAUCAAGAUCUCCAUAUGAAAGAAGGUUACCUCUUUCAUGGGUAUCUAAGGAAUAACGACAACCACAGUCUGACAGGUGCUGAAGAGGUGAAAUGUGUCAGCGGACACCAUUGAGAAAUUGACAAAGCUGUUUGAAAUAGGCCACUCUCAGCUCUAAAGAUGAUCAAAUAUGAGUUGCAAGUGGAGUAUGGAGACAACCGUGUGCAUGCCUCUGUGGACUGCUCCAUUUGCCCCACCUUCAAUUCUGCUACAAGUCAGUUGCUUGACACACUUCAACUGCUGAUACAUAUAGUGUAUUUACAUGCCAUCACCAGAAAUCUAUUGCUUUAGGUGUGUUCCUCAUUUGUCCAUUACAGAUUGUACCACAAGCUUUUCAAAGAAGCAUGGGGUGCGUCGAAUGUAGAGAAGAAGAUUGAUGAUUCUAACGACAAUCUGGAUAACUGCAAUGAGGAAGAAUGUUCACCCGAAUGCUAUGUUUUCAUGUAACUGAAUAAAUGUUCCUCAAUAACUGAAUAAAUCCACAAUUACGCAACAUUAUCCCUGACAGGCAAUAUAGAAGACUAACAAUCUGGUUGUCUGAUGAUUGUAAUUCUCUCCUCCUACAAUAGACUGUGGCAACGCUUCUGAGGACACUGUUGAAAUCGAGUGUGCUCCCGUUUCUGUUGUAAACAGCUUAGGUACAUCUGGAAAACCAGCUGAGGGGGUGACGUUAGAUGAAGACUGGAUGGAGAUCUUUGAAGACCUCAAAAAGAAGAUGAGGGAGGAUCCUGUGAGUUUCAGGCCUGAAGUAGCAUCUUUUGUUUCCAGCUUCAAGAAGAUGAAAACAGACAGUGAACUCAUAGCCACUCUAUCAAACUUUGGCAAAACCAAACCUGGACCAACAGCAAAGUUUCACCGGGGACGGGCACGCCCUGCAAAGUGCUCCAUAGGAGAGCGUGGACAUGGCACAUGCUGCUGGAAGAGGAAGGCACCCCAUUGAAUGUCUCAGUGUGUGGAAUAACACAUGGACAUUGAGAGUACUACACAAAAAAAGCAAGUCAACAUCAGUGGCCCCCUGUGCCCAUCAUCCACCUGCUCACCAUCUGUGACCUUCAGUGCACUAGCGCUCUGCCCUCAAACACCCCCCAUCUGCCUACCAGCUCUAGGUUUCCUCCGCCUUGAACAAAACCAGUGGCUAUUUCAAUGCAUUGUGGCCUCUACAACACCAGAGCCAGUGGCUAUUUCAGUAUUGCCUUCUUGCCUUUUGGUUUUACGUUCAUUCAAUUUAAGACGUUUCUGCAAUUUCAUAUGUUUUGGAAAUUGAUUCCAUGUUGAUGGACCAUCCGACUUUAAAAAGCUGUUCUUCCAACCCAGUUGUAGACCUACCUACAGGCCUAUACUAUCACUGAACCAAAACAGUAGUUGUCAUGACUUUGCCGAGUCUUAAAUAUAAAAUGCUUUUUUAUAUUUUUUUUAUAUACCGGUGUACACUACCAUUCAAAAGUUUGGGGUCACUUAGAAAUGUCCUUGUUUUUGAACGAAAAGCCCCAAAAUUUGUCCAUUUAAAAUAACAUAAAAUUGAUCAGAAAUGCAGUAUAGACAUUGUUUAUGUUAUACAUGACUAUUGUAGCUGGAAAUGGCAGCUUUUUUAUAGAAUAUCUACAUAGGCGUACAGGCCCAUUAUCAACAACCAUCACUCCUGUGUUCCAAUGGCAUGUUGUUUUAGCUAAUCCAAGUUGAUCAUUUUAAAAGGUUAAUUGAUCAUUGCGUCUUCCGAAACAUGACCCGCCAAACCGCACUUCUUAACACCCAGCCGCACCAAUGUGUCGGAGGAAACACUGUUCAACUGAUGACCGGGUCAGCCUGCAGGCACCCGGCCUGCCACAAGGAAUUGCUAGAGUGCAAUGAGCCUAGUAAAGCCCCCCCCCGGCCAAACCUUCCCCUAAUCCAGUUGUGAGACAGCCUGGAAUCGAACCCGGUUCUGUAGUGACGCCUCUAGCACGGCGAUGCAGUGCCUUAGACUGCUGCACAACUCGGGAGGCCUUAUAUAUAUAUAUAUAUAUAUAUAUAUAUGCGUGUGUGUGUAUGGUAUGUGGACAUUAGGACUUGGUUAGUAUAUAUAAAAGUGUAGCAUUACAGUAAAUGUGUACAGAAAAUAACAGUUGGCACACCCUGAUGUCCUCUACAUUAGACAUUUAUAAACAAGCUCUUAUUUAAUAUGAAGAAAUUAUACAACUUUUUUGAAAACACCCCAAGCUAUACCUGAGAUAUUUCCUUACUAAAAACUAUUUUAAUAUCAAACUCACAAAAAUUGUAAUUACACACACAACUUCGUUUUACCAUAAAAUGUGGUAAUUGUGAUAGGCAGCCAAUUUGACGAACCAGUAAGAGAAAGUUAUCAAUUUCACACGCCGAGACACACGUGAUAUCAUUGAAAAGCCCAGAAACUCUCAAAGGUGCAACAGGACUGAACAAAGUUUUUUUUUUAGUAUGACGUCACUGAUACGGACCAAGAUGUUCAUUAUUGUGGACAAACAUUUGUUGCUGGGUCUUUCAUAUCGUGGGGAACUUUUAUUUUGAAGUUGUGUUACACAUGGCUUUUCACACGGAUCGUGCAAUCCGGGAUCCUUGGAAGGUCCCUACCUUAAAACACAGAUAUAACAAACAUCUUUGCUACCUUUGCUAAAACCCUAACCUUAAACCCAAAUCCUUACCCCAUUUUCAAAUUCAAUCGUCUAGGGACGUCCCAACCAGCCUAAAAUAGUACCUUCCUUACCCAAGUUGUCAUGGUGACGACGUGUGUUUGAGGAAGGGGACACGGACUUGCAUCAGGCUACAGCACAAACAACAACGUCCAGAUAUUAAGCUUGUUCAUCAAAAUAAUACUAGCUAGCUAACCUAAAACUCAGGAUGGGUGACUCUCCUGAGGUUAUAAACUUCUCAGCGCUGGAGCGGGAGUUGCAGUCUGCUGUUGAAGCGGACAAGAAAUAUCAAAGAGAAAAUGAUGCAAAGUUUCGGGCUCUACACCAGAAGGUCGGAACUUACGAGGAGUUUAGGGACAUAGUCCUGGCAUCCAACCUGAAACCACUGGACAGGAAGGAUAAAACCGGAGCUCCCCGCAAACAGCCCUGGAAUGCUCUCGCCUCCACUGACAAAGGGCAGAACCAGACUAGCUGUGAUGAAAUCGGCCUAAAGCCUCCGUUGUCCGAGUUCCAGCCCAGGACAGCAUCAGAGUUCAGCCGGGACUGGCGCAGGUUCGGCAGUGAAAACCCAGAAGAUAAAUACAACCUCCUGCUCUCCCUAGGGGGAGAGGGCCUUCAGAACAUCUUCAGGGCUGAGGUGGGGUUCGGACUACUGGGGGAAUUUCUUGUGUUCCUUUCCAGUGGUCUCCAGCCUGGGGAUGAGGCCACGGUGAUAGGGGUCCUGGAGGGGCUGUCCAAGACCCCCAGGUUUGGCCUCAAUAUGUGCCUCCUGAGCCGGGCUGAGAGGGAGGCAUGUGGAGAGCUGUUUCAGAACCUGAGGAAAGCAUCAGCAGCAGGGAAUAGCAGUGUCAAAGGAUCCAAAGGGGAUGUCAUUGUCCAUGGAAGUAAUGUGGAAGAGGUUAAAGAGACACAAGAUGCUGAGCCAGAGACUCUGUUUCCAGGACAGACCAGUGAGGCUGCCGGAAGAAGCAGUGAUACUGAAACUUUAAAUGGUAUAAUGCAGUUGUAUGGGGUGCAAACGGUCUCUCCUCCUCAGUAAGAAACAUUACUC